AUGAUCAAACUCGCUAUUAGCCAUGGUAUCUCACAGAGCACUAAACUGUGCUUCUUUGAGGAAGUCAUGGCCCGGCAGAUGGCGGACGCUAAAGACGUCCCCAGACGUCUUGCGGUUACAGGCCAGCUGGGAAUGAAGCGCGAAGAGGUCUUCCGGAUAUUGGGUCGAUUGUUUAAGAGCCGUGUUGAGGUCAACCUUUCAUCUAAUAUGCUCGAUGUCCCCAACUUCUUCUGGGAGAGCGAACCAACCCUUUACCCACUCUACAUCGCCGUGCGCGAGUAUUUGGAGAUCAAACCACGAAUUCAGGUUCUCAACGAGAGAUGCCGCGUAUUCCUCGACCUUGCAGAGAUAUUGUCCGACUCGAUUGCGGACAACCGCACUUCCCACCAAACCUGGAUCAUCAUUGUCCUCAUCAUCAUUUCAAUCAUCGUUACAAUCUCCGAAGUCUUCCUCCGCUUCGCCCUUCUCCAUGCAAGCCAGGGUCCUGCUGGUACACCUGCUAGUAUCUUAGCCCGUGUCAUGGGCCGAUCCGUUACCCCUUCUCCGUCGGAGUGGUACCCUGCCGCCAAUGCGCCGCCAGGCUGCAUCUGUCCCUCGCUCGGCCCUGCGGGUGCUGGUCUGGAUAUGGGUGGAAGCGGAAUGGUGAGAUACUAA